GAUCAGCCUCAGGACGAACGAAGGAUUCGACUGACAGACAACUCGUGGAAGACAGGGCAUGCUGUUAUUCUUUCAGGUAUCGGUGCGUAGACUGUUGCAAUUUCAACAGUCUAAUUUGUAAAUUGCAAUUUACACUAGUCCGUGAUGAUACUCCGAAAUUUGUCGCCGCUCUGUUCUGCUUCGUCUUGCGCUCGACAUCUCCAUCAUUUCCGUGCCUUUGAAGAGCCACACUCUACCCGCUGAUCGAGAAUCAUCGUCGUCGCUGGAAAUUUCAACUCAUGUUCGCCUAUUUGGAUUCUGUCACCUGACGCUUCGUUGCGUUCUGGAAACAAUUUUGUGACAUACUCCGCCAUGUCUCAAUGUGCCGAGUGCGGCCGAGAAAGGGCGACGGCGAAAUGUUCGCGCUGCAAAUCCGUUUGCUACUGCAACCGGGAGUGCCAACUGACGGCCUGGAGGGAGCACAAGGCUCAUUGCAAGCCUCCUGCAGCAGCAGCAGCGAUGGGCGGCGAGAGAAUGGUGCUCCGUGAAGUGGAGACGGCUCGGGACACGACGAGAGCCGCUCCCGAUCCGAAGACAUUUCCCGCGCAGCUGCGCGAUUUCGAGUACGGGAGCAGCCCGGACGGCGUGGACGAGAACCUCCUCGUCCUUCUGCACGGAAGCGGAGGCACUCACAAGGACUUCGCCACAUUCGCGCGGAGGCUGGAACUCCCUCAAACCGCGUUCCUGGCCCUGACGGGACCGAUCAAACUCCCGGAGGCUCUCGCAAUCGGGAGCUUGUGGUUCCAAAUCUUUGACGAGACCGACUUCUGUCUGCUGACGCCGGGAGACAAAAAGCGGGCGGAAACUCUGGAAUCCACGAAGACUCUCUUGGAGGAGAUGAUCCAGGCUCUGUGCAGCCACUGCGGAUGGCAGCGCAGCAAAAUUUUCCUCUUCGGCUACGCCGACGGGGGCACCACGGUGUUGAAUUUCGCCGUGAAUUCCUGCGGCCCAGCUCGGCUCGGAGGUGCCAUAUCAAUUUCAGGCUCGAUGCUCGGAGAAUAUCUUCCGGCAGGUGGUCGACCGCCCUGGGAAGAGUGCAAGAAGGAUUGUACCCCUGUGCUGAUCACGUACGGGACGAGAGCCCCCGAGGCGGAUCAGAAAGACAUAAUCAGGACGAAGAGGGUCUUCGACUCCUGCCACCGGAAUCCGCGAGCUCAACUGGUGGGUGUCGAUAAACGAGGAGAGAUGGUAAGCAAACCCGACGAAGUAAGAGCUCUGCAUGGGUUCUUCGCCGAGCACCUGUCUCGACGCAUGGUCAAUAUGGAGAGCAAUUCGACGCUAUAUGAAGUUUCCAAGUCGUAGCAUCCCCUUCUCUUGUUUUCAUGAACUGGCCGCAUGUCGAUCACGGAGAGAGCGAAAGGAUGAUGCUCCAUCGCGCGAGCGUGGUUUCCUCACCCUGAAAUCAGGACUGUGAGUACGGUAGACAUUGAUGGAGACCAACAAUGGAGACUUUUCUUAACUCUUGAUUCUAGAGGAGCAAGCUUCUCACAGCACACCGAGUGUGCCAUAAGGUGGAUUAUCUCGCAGAAGGCAGGCUGAUAUUAACAUGCCUCCCUUGUUAAUCAAUCCCGUGCCACCCAAAUCCUCAAGCAGAAUUAUUGCACCGGUCCCUUGAUGGCUUUGGGACCUCUGUUCCCUUAGAACCCUCCUCUCAGUAAAGCCGAGUACAUCAGAAGAGGUGCAUCGCUUGGCUUCAUGAGUUUUGUACAGACCUUGGCAGCGAAGUGUACAACACUCUGUGUGAUUACAUCCUCAGAUUGACCAUGUAGAGGAGGAAGGUAGAGGAGCGGGAGGAUGAGGCAAUACUGGUGUCUUUGAAGGCUAUGCUUCGGAGGUAUCCUCUGCAGGCAGGUCCUUCCUCAGAUUCUAGAGAACUUGGCGUAAAGAAUUUCACAUUUUUUACGUUUGUGAACAGAAGAGAGUGAAGUCGAAUCUCGGGGGUGCAGGUAGAGCAUCUAAACGGAAGGUAAACUGGUCGGUCCAGCUGUUGCUCCUCCACGCUUGUAGGAUCGAUGCAGGAACUAAAACUGCCACUAGGAUCAGGUUGCCUCUCAGCUGAUCCUAUUCGUAGGACGGUCACAGGUCUAAUUCGGUAGUGAUUCUGGUGAAGGAGUUGGGAUCAUCGACGUCCUAUACACUGCAGAUGGUAUACUCAUUUCCUUACAUUUUGAAAGUUCUCACACAUUCUGAUAGCUAACGCCGUUAAUGAAGAUCGGUUGGUGUCGAUUUGCGAUACAGCACAAAAAAAUCGCCCUUUUUUCAUCAACUAGUGCUCGUGCCUAGAGUCUGCUGAUAUUGAGCUAAAGCUGGGUGCAAUCUUCGGUGUUCUUAGGGGUGAAGCAUUCUUUGUGUGAUGUCUUUUCUUUGGGGCACUUCAUCCUUAUGUGCAAGGUGGACUUUCUCCUCGACUUAGAUGAUGAGGUGGAAAGGCAUGAACUUGGAGUUUUGGAACUGGGUGAUUUGGGACAGGGAGAAUCGGGUUGAUUUGGUGGUGAAGGAGGAGCGGUCGGGGAUGAGCACAGAGAUUUGCUUUCCUGUUCUUUCCCUUUCUCUUUUUCUUUCUCUUUACCCUCUGGAGGAGAGUUUGAAACUGGCUUUCUGUAGUCCCAUAUCAAAAUUGCUCCCUCUUCUCCAACCGAUAUGAUUUUCUGCUGAUCUGGGCUCACCCUUACCUGGAAGCGUUUCCACCAAAGUUCGUGUUAUCACGUCAGUAGAUACCACGGAUUACUUCUUUUGCACAGAUGUAGACAAGUAUCAAAUUUGCGGAGCAGACUCUUCAUGUUGUCUUUUCUUCAUUGUAAACGGAUGGCGAAUAUAACGAUUCGAAUGGAUUCACUGACGUUUCCUUGAAGGAAUCGUGAGUGGAAGAAACUGAAGCUCUCGAUUAUAACAAGGUCAGAUCAGGAGUUCUUCUUGCCAGAUAAUGCAAGAGCUGCAGGACCAGUCUGAAGGGUUUAUAACAUGAAGUGGGGCCCGGAGGCUAUUGACAGAUUUUCAAGCACUGAGAUAACGUAAAGAAUGAUGAGUACCAGAGACAAAAGCGGAAGGUGAUGCGAUACUGAGAUGUACUUGCCUUGGUAAUAGGCUCACUGUGUCCAUGCCCAACGAAGUAGUUGUGGCCUUCAUCGUAGUUCCACAACUUGACUUCACGGUCUACACCAGCACUGACCAUACCAGCACCAUCUGGACUGAUAUCGAUCGAGUACACUUCUGAUGUGAGUGAUCCAUCCAAAAUACGUAUAGGUUGACAAUCAUACGCAUCCCACCAUGUUAUCUGCACGGGUGGAGACGGGUUCGAGAUUCAGUAUCAAGUAAUUUAGCUUGAUCAUUUGUUCUGCUCUGUAAGACUUUCUCACAAUUUGGGCAAACACCUCCUCAGAUUGGGUCACCACUGGCUGUGUCUCAGACCUCUC